GGCAUUUGCGUUUGACGCCAUGGGGAGACAAGAGCUCGCGACUCCUCUCGGAAUGGCUUUCUGCGCGUGGUUCUACGCGUCUCUGAUGAUCGUCUCGUCGGGGAAGAGCUGGUCCAGUAGUAUCAACGGUAUAUUUUCAUCAAGGAGCUUUGAACCGGGAAAGCAGAUAACCGAGAGCGCGGCCGCCGGGGCGCAGCUCGCCCUCACGCACUGCCAACAGCUGUUCCAGUGGGACCAGUGGAACUGUCCGGAGACGGCGUUUUCAAGGCAAGGGCGCCAGUCCCCCAACCGCGAGACGGCGCUGGUGCUGGCGCUGACGGCGGCCGGGGUGGCGUUCAGCGUGACGCAGAACUGCUCGCGCGGGGAGAUCAGCGGCUGCGGGUGCGACCCGAGGCGCAGCGGCAAGGCAGCCGUGUCCUUCCAAGUGAUGGACGAGCUGGAGGAGGGGCUGGACAUGCAGGCGUAUGUCAAUAGGCAUAACAUGGCUGCUGGCCGCGAGGCGCUGCGCAAGACGAUGCAGAAGAAAUGCAGGUGCCACGGAGUCAGUGGAAGUUGCUCCUCCAUGACCUGUUGGAUGCAGAUGGCUUCUUUCCGAGAAGUAACAUCGCGACUACGUCAGCGAUACGAGCGUGCAGUUAGGAUUGGUUUUGAAAAAGGGAGAGGGGUUCGAGCUCUGGGAAACGCGGUAAUGUCUAAUUCCGCCAAAGAGAUACCGCUAUCAGUGUCGUCGGAGCAGCUGCUGUACAUCACGGACUCUCCCGACUACUGCUUACCUGAUCCUGAAUCAGGGUGGGCGGGCACACACGGUCGGCUGUGCUCCCGCGCGUCGGCCGCCUCCAACGCCUCGCUAGCGGAGCGCCGCAGUUGCAGAGUGCUGUGUCGUGCGUGCGGCCAUCGCGUGCAACGCCAACAGAGGGAGCACGUGUGGCGAUGCAACUGCACCUUCCGCUGGUGCUGCGACGUCACCUGCCAGACGUGCCGGAAGAUCAUCACCGAUCACUACUGCGCCUGAAGCAUCGGGAUCUUCGAAACGUGGACACAUAACUGAGCUGGAAACUAUAAUAUCUCGGGGGUCUGAAGAGCUUUAAGAAAAUAUAAGUGUUAUUUUGCGUUAUUGUUAACGUAGGGUCACGUAACGUUACAAGUAUUGUCAAUACUGAACAAGAACUUCCAAUAGUGUCGGAUAUGUCUCCUUCGGUGAUAAUUGAAAGCACUUGUAAAUUAAAAUCCUUUUUACUUUUUAAAAGUCAAGUGUCCGCUGGAGUUUACAUUUCAUGACAAUCUUCAGAACUUAUAAUGAAAACCUCUUUAACAAAUAAUUAUCAUAAAAGUUUCUAUCUACAUCUCUCUCAAAAUUACGAACCUACCUCGCAUAAAUUAUUUAACCUCCCAUACACCAGUUUUGAUGCAACUCUUACUCAUAAAUAUUGUUAAAACUAAAUUGUUUUAACCCACACGAUCUUAAAAAUGCACUCUAGGUCCAUCUCAAACGGAAGACUAUCUACACACCCUAAGAAUGCACGUAAUAGCUUUGAAGAGGCGGAAGUAGACAUUUGAGGGCGGGUGAACAGAAUCUUGUCAUGGUUCAAUAUGAAAGUCAUCCAUUCGGUAAGGUAAUUUCCUCAAUAACAAAUAAGGUAUAAUAGUUGCGAACAUUUAUUUAUUUAACGAUGUUAUUUCUUUUUUAUUAUGUGGUCUCAACAGGGUGUUUGGGGGGAGGGGUUAAAAUCCUCGUGACACCCUCUCCUGGAUCCGCCAGUGUGACAAAAUAGGAAGCGUGCACAUAAAAAAAUCCAUAAGUAAUUCCGCUUUAGGAACAGUGGUUUGUUACACACUUUAUCAUGUAUUUACUUCCAAGCCUUCACUUCUGCCAGCUCUUUAAAAAAAUGUUUACAUGCUCUAUUGCUUACACAUACGUAAUAAUACCUUUUUAUGCCAGCAUUUUAAACGACCGUAACAAGAAAUCGUUCUUAGGGCAUUUUAUGUCACUUCUGGUAUAGCCCGUCCUCAGCGCUCGCAGUCACCGUCCGUUCUCCCGAAGUUAAACUGGCCUUGGUUCUCCCUAUUAUUUCAACAUAUGGUGGCAUCUGCAAACCUUUUAAAGUUUGUUUACAAAGUAUGUAGGCUCUUUAUAAAUUUCAAACAAAUGUGUAUAUAACUUGUUUAUUAUGUUGCUUUAUUGCAGUCGUACUAAUUAAUCACUCGAUCGAUUUCAAAACCCGUACUUAUGCAACCAAGCAUACGUGUAUACUACAAAAAUUAUAACUAAUUGAAUAAUAUACUAAUGCAAUCUAAGUUUCGUAUUCGUUAUUUAUUAAUGAAUAUAUGGGUUAAUGUAUUAAAAAACUUGCAAGCAUUAACUAAUAUGAUAGGUGUAAGUGUAUGAGUAAUGUCAAAACGAAUGUUCAUACAAAUGUAUUUUACCUUGCUUUUAAUGACACUUUUUGAGAAACAAGCUGCAACAAGCAAGUUGUAAUCCCCCCCCCUUCUUUUCUUGACAAAAUCUCUACAGUCCACAUUUGAUUUAGAGUGUACUAAUAAUUCAAUUCAUUCUAAUUCAUAAGUUUAGCUUUUGGAUAUUUUACUUCAAUGCCAAAAUCUUUCAAAACUUUAUAUACAGUCAAAUACAUUGUACAAUGAGAAAUUCAGCUGAUCAGCUGAAAUCACAGCACUUCAAAAACUCACAAUAUAAUUUCACAAGUAAAAUCGCAAUAAAUUUUGUUUUAAUAUUUAUAACUUCAAUAAAUACACUCUUUAAAGAUAAAAUAAUAAUUUAUUACUAAAUAUUUUAGGAAUAAAUAAUAUUGCAGCAAAAUACAUCUUGCAAUUAAAUGUAAAGGUUUAAGAGAAUGUGGAAUUAACUUGUUGAAAUAUGAUAUACAUCACAGGAAUUGGGAAAAAACAACAGUGAGUUUGUAUUUUCUGAACCUACUUUAUUAAAUCACUUUUAUAAAACGUUCUAACUUUACUUAAACUGUACAUUAAGGUACAAUAUCUGAGUAAUCAUAAAUUUUUAUUGUUGUUAAUUGUGCAAAAUAAAUA